ACGAAAUAAAAAUUCAAAAAUGAAACAUAAAUUCAAGAUUUUUACCAAACUUCGGCGAACCAUUGUAAGCAGUCUAACAGGUUUCUGCUAUAUUCACCCCUACACUAAACCGACCGCCUAUAGUAUGCUGUAGUAGUAAUUCAUGCAAUCAAGACAUCUGCACAGAAUAUAAUAAACAGGAGAGUUUGUAGCGUCAGCGAUUUUAUUUGUAUUUUGAUCAUUGCUUUGAACGGAAGCAACGCGUAGAUCAACGCUCGCGAUCAUUAGGUGCGUUCGUGCAUUCGCAGUUUACUGAUGUGUGCAAUAUUAUGGAGUUCCCAGUUUAAUUGAAGAUUCAUCAUAUACAACAAUCAUCUGAGGUGACCUGAAAAGUGAUUAAGUUUUGUCGCUCAAUAUUAAUUAGUAAAUUGCCGACUUCGAAGAAGCACGAAGAAACCGGUUCAGAGGAAUUUGUCAUCAACCCGCGUUGAAGUGAUGUAAUGUUGAGUUGAGACUUGAGAACUUGUUUCCCGUUCGAAAACAAAUAAAACAGUAGUCAAUCAAUGUCAAACAUGUCCACUACAACAGAUACUGAUAACAAACAUGUUGAAAUUAACAUCGAUAAUCCUGAGGAGACCCCGAGAGAUCCAAUCAUUCCGAUUGUUCCGGAUGCGAUAAACCAACCUAAAGAUGACGGUCGACCGCCAAGGGAGAAAGCCGACAGCAGAGGUCGACAACUGAAUCCCGAUUCAACGGGAGGAGGAAGCCGCAGCAGAUCUGGCAGCAGAUCACCCAACCGUCGGGUUCGACGUGAUGCGGAUUCCGCACGGAACGAUGCGAUUCCUCUGCUGCCUCUUGAUGAGGGGCGUUUGCCACGACAACAGCCGCCACUGGCUGGCCCCGAAAUAGAUGACGAUGGACCGGACGAUGACCGGCGCACUUUCAGACGAAACGGACCGAACAGCAGUCGGGGGAUUGAUGAUGGUUUCCUGGAACUGGACGGUGAAGGCAGACAAACCGCAGUGGUGCCUGGUCGCAGAGAUAUUAAUCCGCAACCCUUUCCAUUUCCACCGGGAUAUGGACCCGAUGGACAGGUUAUCACAACAACAACCGGUACCCGGGUUAUUCCGGACGUAAACGUGUAUCAGCAGAAGAAAAAUCUCGCCCAGGGAAUGAUGGAUUUGGCACUACUCUCGGCUAAUGCCAACCAGUUGCGAUACGUGCUGGAGUCGUACUCCCGUCAUCCCUUCUUUUACUUCAGUCUUGUAUCCAUUUCCACUAGCAUAAUCUGUCAAGUGGCCGUCGGAAUUGGGCUCAUUUGGAAUAGUCGAUGUAAUAUUUACAAUGAGGAUCAAUUCUGCAAAGCAGAUCGAAUUAAUAACAUGGUGACGAUUGGAAUAUUUCUCAUAACGCUGGUAAAUGUGCUUAUUUCGGCUUUUGGCGUUGCUGAACCACCCAAAACAGUGUAAGAAUCUCAGUCAAAUAUUGUGGCAGUAUCAUCAAUUGUACGGAAAGUAUUUCACUUAGGACAUUGCAUUUACCAGGCACUUUUUUACUUCACUUGAUUUUAAUACCCAGUUUAAGCUAAUUAUCAUGCAAUAAAGUACUAUUAUUAAAUCGAUGUAUUAAA